UAUGCCUAUGGAUAAGAAAACCUACAGAAUUAAAGAUAUUGUCAUUGAUGUCAAGAAACUUAUCAAGGCCAAGAAACACAACUGUGAAACCGCAGCCUUACAAUUUGACACAUUUGACACUAUACCAACAAAAAUAAAGGAAGAGAAACAGGGCAGGAGAAAGAAAGAAGCCAAUCCAAAAAAAUUUAAAAAGAAGAUAAGGAUCGACCUCCCUGAAAUAUCAAUGAGGAGUGUAUCUGAGAGAAAGAAAGUAAAGAUCAAGAGUAUCCUUUCUACGAGUGCAGAGUUGAUGAGCAGUCAUGCUGAUUCCUUCACUGGAAGAAAUGAAGAUGAACCAAUUUCUUCACUGCUCACUUGUCAACAAGCAGAUUCCUCUACUCCAAGAGUUUCUAAAAUGACUAGUAUUUUUAAAUCACUCAAUUUGUCCAACAAAUUUGCUAAUAAGCUUAAGUUGGAAGAUAUCAAAGAACGGAUAUUUGCAAGGGCAAACUGUCCUUUUAGGAAUAAAAAUAUCAGGAAAUCACUCGAUCUGUCUUGGAUACUACCAACGAUCUCUAAUUAAGGGGCUAAAUAAAAGUGUGAUACAGGUCUCUUUUCGUAAACUGAAUGACACUAUGUGCCAAAACACAAGAGAAACAAGGGCGGAUAGGAUUUCCCACUCAACUUCAGUGCCGAAGUAAUUAACUUUGCAUUGAACAAUUCUUACUCUUUAGAAGCCAUAAACACAUCGACUCUUCCAGGGUAAGAACGGAUUUUAACAUUUUAAGACAAAUAAUAUUAUCAACAGAAUGGAGAAAUAUCAUUCCAAAAUGGAUGAAGAAACAGAAAAUCAUGAGCCACCUAAGAAGCUUCUAAGCAAUUCUGAUAGUUCUAAGAUGCCAAUCUAUUACAGCAAGAGGCUAUAUAAAAGGAAAUAGGGGAUGUGAUAUCCCAAGUGAAGUAUGCUGCUAAUACUGUAGAUAAAGCACCAAGAAAGCAUCAUCACAGAAUCACUAGUUUCAGAGUAUCUGAAAAUGACCUUUCUAUGGUGACGAAGCCAAGCUGAAAGCAGAAAUCUUUAAAUUUUAACUUAGAAAAUCUUUCUAAACUCAAAGAUCAGACUUAUAUUCUCAGUAAGAUAGCAAAGGAGCAUGCCUCUGCUAUCCAGAGACAUGAUAUGACUUAUCAGUGUAAAUAUAAGGCAAGCUUUAUGCAGAACUUUCCUUAAAAGAAAUAAUUAUCUUCAACAU